AGAAGACUCGCUAAAGCCAAGGAACAGAGCUGCAUCGAACCCAUCAUGGGGGACACAAAGCUCUGCCUUUUGCUGCUUCUUUGCGCCUACGCCUUGGCCCAGGAAGGCGUCAGCAGCACUGAGGAGCAAUCUCCAGCAUGCUUACUGGCAACACGAUUCAAGAGCUUUAAGAAAUAUGUGUACCAGUACGAAGCCGAGACCCUGAAUGGAGUGAGCGGAGCCUCCAACCACAGGAACGGUGCCAAAGUCACCUGUAAGGUCGUGAUCGAUGUGCCUCAGACAUGCAGCUACAUAGUGUCCACCCCCGAGUGCACUCUGAGCGAGGUGUCUGACAUCGAUGCCGAGGGGCUGCCCGUGUACGCACCGGCUGCCGGAGCUGAUGCCUUCCAGGCCGCCAUGGAGAAGAACCCACUGAAGCUGACUGUGGAGGGUGAGUCUAAGGUGAGCCUGUUCCCUGAGGCAGAUGAGCCCACCAACAUCCUCAACAUCAAGAGAGGAAUCAUCUCUGCCCUGCUGGUGCCAGUGCUGGAGGAGGAGAAAAACAGCAACAUGGCCACUCUUCAUGGUCUGUGCAGCACUGACUUCACUGUCAACACCAGGGAGGACAUUGCCACCGAUGUCACCGUCACAAGAGACCUGUCUCAUUGCGACAGUUUCCGUCCCAGCAAGGACCUCACCAGCCCCCUGGCACUCAUCUCUGGCCUGAACCUUCCCCUUUCCACACUGAUCAGCAGCACCCAGACCUGCAACUACAAGUUUGACAACAAGAAGAAGCACAUGACUGAGGGCACCUGCACUGAGAAACACAUCUUCCUACCUUUCUCUCACGAGGAAGAGUAUGGAAUUUCAGCCCUGGUGAAACAGACCGUGACCCUGCAGGAGUCCAGCAAGAUCAACGACAGGGUUUUUGAUUACAAUGAGGCUAACCUGAAGGCCCUGCAGCUGGAGGCUGUUGAAGACAAGGCUCCCAUCCAGACUAAGGACGCUGUGCUGGCCACUCUGAGGGAACUGAGCACCCUUUCCCAGACCCAUCAGGGGAAGCAACGUGCCAGCCUCUUCCUGAAGCUGGUGACUCAGAUCCGAGGUCUGAAGAUCGAGGCCCUGGGCCCAGCUGUCCCAGAGAUGGUUGAGGUUUCCGGGCCCCUGACUUGGCAGGCUCUGGCCCAGUGUGGGACCCCUGAGUGCAGCAGUGCCAUCCUGCAGGUGCUGAGCACCAUGGACAAAACUGCUGUUGAGGUUGAUGCUGCCGUCUAUGCUAUGGGGCUCCUGACCAACCCCAGCAACCACCUCGUCCAGGGCAUGUUAAGCAUGGCACAGCACAAGCCGAGCAAGCCCAUAAUGUAUGCCCUAAGCCACAGUGUUAGGAGGUUCUACCAGGCUGAGGGCAAGGUCACUCCUGAGAUCACUGCAGUUGCGGAGUACAUUGCUUCCCUGCUUGGUAGUGACUGUGCAGGUGACAAGGACCAGACUUUCCUGACCUUGAGGGUCCUUGGAAACAUGGGCAAAGCCAUGGAGGCUGCUGAUCCAGCUCUAAAGUCCACUCUCAUCAAAUGCAUGAGGCAGCCUGUCACCACUCUGUCCGUCCAGCAGGCUGCCAUCCAGGCCUUCAGGCAGAUGUCCGUCACUGGAGAGGUCCGGAGUAACAUCCAGAAGGUAUUCCAGUACAGUAAGGGAGCUGUACAGAAGCGGAUUGCAGCCUACCUAAUACUGAUGAAGGACCCUGAGGCAACUGACAUUGAGAUAGUGAAGAAAAUUCUGACACAGGAGCAGAACAUGCAGGUCAAGUCUUUUGUGGCAUCCCACAUCUACAACAUCGUGAACUCAAAGGGUCCUGAAACAGAAGAGUUAAGGAGAAAGAUCAUUGAGGCUAUGCAAGACAAUGAAGUUACCACCCACUUUGAGUACACCAAGUUCUCUCGCAACUACAAGCUGGACACUUCUGUGGCAACAGAAGAUCCCUUGAUGGCCACUAUGCAAGGAAACAUGAUAUUUGAUCCCACUGGCUACGUGCCUAAAGAGGUCAUGCUGGAGACUACCCUGAAGGCCUUUGGAUACAACUUAGACAUGUUAGAGGUUGGCAUAGAAGGAAAGGGAUUUGAACCAACAAUUGAAGCUCUGUUUGGAGAGAAUGGCUUCUUCCCUGACACUGUGUCAAAAGCUAUGUACUGGGUUGAGGACAAGAUGCCAAACAAAGUCAAUGAAGUUCUGAAAAACUGGAUCAAUCCCCAGAGAAAUGAAAGAAUGAAGAGACAGGUUCCAGAGAACCUCCUGAGGGAAAUUGCACGCAAUGCCAAUAAGCUGGUGAAGGAACUGCAGUCCCAGGAUUCCCCAGAGGCUAUGGCCUAUUUAAGGAUAAUGGGGGCAGAGCUUGGAUACCUGAAGGCUAGCGAACUGAAAAACCUGGCACAAUCUGGGACCAUCUAUGCCGAGAUUUUUUCUAAGAUGAUGCCAACUAAGUUCUUGAAAUCUCUGCUGUCCAGCACUGAAAAUGAAUUCUUUGUCCACUACAUCUUCAUGGACAAUGACUUUUCCCUGCCAACUGCUUCUGGCUUCCCCCUGAAAGUCUCUCUAUCAGGUACCUUUGCCCCUGGAGCCAAGGGAGGCCUGACAAUUGCACCUGGAAUGCACAAAGUGUCUUUCAUGCCUUCCGUUGGAGUGGAAUUUGUGACACAGAUGGGCAUCCACAUUCCUGAAUUUGUCAUCUCUGGUAUAGAGAUGCACACCAGCAUCUACCAUGAGAGUGCACUCAAUGCCAGACUUGACAUGAGUGACAAUCAGAUCAAGCUGGCCAUCCCUGCUCCUCAGGGUACCACCCAGCUCUUUGGAAUCAGCAACAGACUGCUGUCUGUGACCUCUGGUCAGAGUAAAGUCUUGCCUCCGAUGGCAGAGGGCAGGACUGAUUCUGUGACAUGCAGCCCGCUCUUUUCUGGAGUGCAGUACUGCACCACCCUGCGCUACUCUGAUGCCAGUUCCAACAAUGCUGCUCCCUACUUCCCUCUGACCGGAGAAACAGAAUUUGCCUUGGAGAUCCAGCCCACUGGUGAGGUCACUGAAUACACUGCCGCCUUCACCUAUGAGCUCCUGAAAGAGGGCAAAGACGGACGCCAGAAGGUGGAUACCCUGAAGAUGACCCUGAAGACAGAGGGUGCAGAGCCUUCUGAAGCCACAGCCACUCUGAAGUACAACAGGAACAGGAAUACCCUCUCCACCGACAUCCAGAUCCCUGACUACGAUGUGGAGGCUGGAAUCAGACUGGGCAUCACCGACAGCAGCACUAAGGGGAAGAAGAUCACCUUUGACAUCACCAACAAAAAUAUCCCACAGCUGUCCCUAGUUGGCCGUGCCAAACUUGAGGAGAUGAAGGACGGUUUGCUGCAGGUCCAGCUGUCCAUCCCCUCUCUGAAGACUGAUGCCACUGUUACUGCCAUGCUGAAGAGAGCUGAGGAUCUGACUCUGGAACUUGAGAGUUCCAUCAAUAUUCCUGAGACCUCCUAUGUGGAAAAAGUUAUCUUCAGAUAUGAUGAAGAUAGGGUUGAAGUUGAGUUGAAAUCAGACCUGAGCUCCGAGGUCCAUAAGCUCAUCCCCGAUGCUGAAGCCUACCCGCUGCACCUUCAGCAGCUCCUGAAUGACAUUCUGGACCAGAGGGUGGCUAAAACUGACAUGACAAUGCGCCACAUCUUUUCCAAAUCCGUCGAAGCUACCAGCAUCUGGUUGGACAAAUUUGCUGUUGAUGUCCCCUAUAUGGAGAACCUGAGGAACAUCCCAGACUUCACCCUGCCUGCUAUGCCUGAAAAAUUGUUCCUGUACUCAGAGAGUGUAUUCCGAUACCAGUUCAACAAGGAUCAUAUCACCCUCACAGUCCCUCUGCCUCUGGGUGGUACAUCAUCUACAGAUCUUGGCAUCCCCCCUACUGUGACUAUUCCUCAGCUGUCUAUUCCCAAGAUUGGCCUGGAAAUUCCCUCCAGAGAGGUCAGCAUCCCCGCCUUUUCCAUACCCCCCAGCUACGAGCUACCACUUCCCCUCAUUGGAAUGGCUGAGGUGUCUGCCAAGGUCAACAGCAACUUCUACAACUGGGAGUGGUCAGUCUCUGGUGGAAACAAUACAGUGGAUACCUCCAGCUACAUCCUUAAGUACCAAGUCAUGGCUGACUGUCCCCUGGAGCUCCUGUCAUACAAAAUUGAAGGAACUGGAACGAUCGAUUUGGAUACCCUUGAAUACAUGAAGACUCUUCUUAACGGCUCCCUUAGCCAUAAGCUCAUUGAUGCUCGCUUCAGUUUUGCAGAAUCUGUGAGUGGCAGUGACCUUAUGAAGGGAACAGGCAACUAUAAGAUAGAAGCCUCCAGCCCCCUGGGUCUAUCAACAUCCCUUAUUAUGACUAGCCAGGCCACCCUCAGCCUUGAUGAAAUUAUGGGAGAUUCUAACCUUGAUGGAAUGAUCAAACUGGGCCCCUUGUCUGGCACCACCACAUAUUCUGUGUCUUACGCCUUAUAUCCCAGCAAGACAGAGGGCCGAGGAGAGUCAACACUGAGAGUGGACAGCCAACUGCUCGAAGUGCUUAAUAAGAUCAAGGGAACGUAUGCUAAUGGCGAGCUGUCUGUGGAGUCCAGCACUAACAUGAACAAUAACCAUCUGAAGCAUGUGACUAAGGUUGACAUCAGCUACAAGGAUGCCCAUGUCUCCCUGAAGUCUGACUCUAUAUCCACAGCAAUUGGAACAACUGUCCGUAACCAGGUUGAAGUCACUGCCUCCACCGAAUCUGCCAGCAUCAGGGUGGAGUCCCAGGCUGACAAGACACCAAAUCGUGCUUACUCUCUGCUUUCCGGCUCUCUGAAUGCCCGCGGCCUUGAGAUCAACACUGAUGCCUCCAUCAACUCUGAAUCCAGCCACGGUUCCCACAAGGCCACCCUGAGGAUCAAUGCUGAUGGCAUAUCCACCAGUGGCACCACCACCCUGCAGAGCAGCCCACUUACAUUUGAGAAUGUUUUCAAUGGAGGAGUUGAUGGCACUGGAGCAGCUAUAUCCCUCAGUUCCAAGGGAACUUUUCAGCAGAACAGUGCUGACCUCAGUGUGGAGGGGAAAUUUGGAGGCACUGAAGCUUACCUGAACAGUGUGUUCAACAGUAACCUUUUUGCUGUAGACUCCAGGAACACAAUGAAAUUCAGACUGGACCAAGAAGGUAUGACCAUCUCCAACAACCUGAUUGGCUCACUACAGGGUGACACCACAUCCUACAAGCAUGAUAUAACAGUUUCCAUGAAGCACUACAUCAUGAAUGUGAAUGUGAACAAUGAGAUUAAACUCCUGGAAGUGUACUUUAAAAACGAGGGACAGUUCAUGCUUGAGCCUUACAAGAUGAAUCUGACUGGCAGUCUGAAUGGAGCCUUUAGGGAGGAGGAGAUUAGACAUACCUAUGGAAUCGGCUAUGCUGAUCUGAUUGCCAACUUAAAAUGCAGCACGACUGGCAAAAUCCUGGGUGCUCAGCUGGCCCAGAGCACUGACCUGGAGGUGGCUGGAUUCUCCUCCAAAUUAAAAAGUGUGACUAAUCUCAAUUCCCAACCUGUCCACCUUGAUAGUUCUGUUGAAAUUAUUGCUGCUCCGUUCGACCUCAGCAUUGAUGCCAGCCUCAGCUCUGAUGGUGAUCUCAACCUAUACGGUAUACAGCACACUGGUCGGCUGUACAGCAAGUUCGUUUUGAAAGCAGAACCCCUGUCCUCUACCUGCUCACAUACCUGCAGAGCCUCCACCACCCACCAGCUGGACAGAGGAGCUCCAAUUGAAACCAGCUUUGACAACAAGUUUGACAGUGUGCUGAAUCCCCAGGAACAGCAGAUAACGUGGAGGGUGACAUCAAAGCUCAACAAACAUGUAUACAACCAGGAAGUCAGUGCUUACAAUAACCAUGAGAAGAUUGGACUGGAGCUGUCUGGGACAGUUCUCACAGACCUUCUGAACAAACCAGCCAGUGAGAACCAGGAGUUCGGCAUCUCCGGUUUCCUGAAAUACGACAAGAACAGUGACAGCCACAUUAUUCAGCUACCUUUUAUUGAGAGUCUCCCUGCAAUUUUUGAUCAGCUCAAAAGCACCAUUGUGACACUGAAGGACAGCAGUUUUGCUUUGUUGCAGGACAUUAAUGAAAAAUAUGAAAUUAGUACUAGGAUUCAAGAGAUGGCACAUGAACUGAAAGAAGUUAUUGACAGCUUUGAGAUCAAGAUGUUUGUUGAGGAUCUGCAAGAUUUUAUCUCCUCUAUUAACAUUGACACAGACAUGGAGAAAGUAGUUGCUCUAAUUUCCACCAGAACAAGCAGCAUUGUUGGCUCCAUCAAGGAGGAGAUCAAGAAAUUUGAAACUGCAAAAUUACAAGAGCUAUUUGACAAGCUUGAGAUAGAAACCACUGUGAAGGUUAUUAUGGAGAAGGCUUUAGAACUCAUUGAGCAAUUCAAGAUCAAAGAAAUUAUGCAGUCAGUAGUUGAUGUUCUGAGAUCAAUUGACUUCAAAGACCUAUCUGAAAAAGCCAUGCAAGAGGUGAAUAAGGUGGUAAAUCUUCUAAAAGCAAUUGACUUGAAACAAAUGAUUAACGACAUGAAAGAUUACAUUGACAAAAUUCUAAAGAAAGUGGAGUCAUUUGAUUAUAAAGCAUUUGCAGAUGAGGUACGCCAGAAACUGGAAGAAGUGAGCCAAGUCCCAGCUUUUGGCAAGCUGUAUGGUGGCUUCCAAAUGAAAUCACCACACUACAACCUCAAGACUGCUGCCGAGCUCAAGAACUCCACAACUAACCCAAUUACCCCACUGUUCACAGCUUCUCUCACUUCUGAGGCUACAUCUGACAUCAACCUUCUUGCCUACACGCUGGAUGCCACUGCCCGCCUUGCUGCCCCCAAAAUGAAGCGGCUGCUGAUUGAGGAGUCCCUGAAAGUGGGCCACACAGCCUUUUCGGUCGAGCAGCAGAGUACAGUUACGCUCUACAGUGCAUCUGCUCACGCCUCAGCAAAGAUUACUGCCAAGGCAACCACUGAGCCAUACACUGCAGACCUGGUCAGCUCUGUCUCCCUUGUUUUGGAUCGUGAUCUCUCAUCAUCUCUGGAGACUACAUACAAUCACAAUCUCAACAUGCCAUUAAUUGACAUCUCCAGCCAAGUCUCUGCCAACCAGAAAUCAAUGGCUCGCCUGGAAUCAGGUGUUAUCUCUGUUACUGUUGAAAAUACAGGUAAUGGGAAGUGGUCCUUCCUAGAGUUCUCUGAUGAAGGUACCCACGAGAGCAAAGUGGAGUUUACUGUUAAUGUCAACACCGCCAAGCUAACCUUCAAUAGUGACAUAAACAGCAAACUCCUAAAAACAAAACAGAGCGUAAAAGCUGAGUCUGUCCUCCCCAGGCACAUCACUGUUGAUGGACGGUCUGAGAUUGAAACUCCCUUCAUUAAGGAAAGCAUUAUGGUUCUGAGUGGACAGGUGCAAAUGGAGGACCUGAAAAUUCAAGUGACAGCCUCACACGAUUCUAAACUGGCAGGCACUUUUGAUGGAACACUGUCCAACUCAGUCAACUUUCUGGCCCAUCCCUUUGAGUUUGUCCUCAACUGCAAAAACAGUGGGAAUGGCAAGGCAAUGUUACCAUUCAAAUUAACUGGAAAAAUCAGCCUUCAGAAUGACUACACUGUGACUUUGAACUCUGAAGUACAGCAAGUCAGCUGGGAGGGCCAAGCUAGAUUCAACCAGUACAAGUAUUCUCACCGUUUCACAAUGGACAACAACAAGAAUUCCAUUGCAGUCUAUGCAGCCAUGAACGGUGAAGCUAAUCUUGAUUUGCUGAAUAAUCAAAUUAGCAUACCUGAGAUUACUGUGCCUUUUACUGAUAUGAAAAUCCCAUCAGUGCAGGAAUUUAAUCCUUGGGAAGACGCUGGCUUGAAGAGUCUCCUGACCACCACCCACCAGACUUUUGAUUUGAAUGUCAAUCUCCAGUAUCAGAAGAACCCUGAUAUGUAUACUAUUCGCAUGGACUUUGAGCCAGUCUACAAAGCCAUUGAUGGUAGUGCCAAGAUCAUGAAUCAAAACUUUGCACUUGCAAGAGACAUAGCAGUUGCUCUCCUCACAGCUUCAUACAACCAGGCUAAGGGACAAUAUGAAAAAUUCAAGAUUGAUACUUCCAAGUUGAUGCCUACCACCUUCACAGUCCCUGGGUACACUGUUCCCAUCUUAAACAUUGAAGUUUCACCUUUCACUGCUGAAUUACCUGCAUUUAGCUUUGUUAUACCCAAAGAAAUCAACUCACCCAGCUUCAGAGUGCCAUUAGUAGACUACACUGUUCCAUCUUACAUUAUUGUCCUGCCUGUACUGGAGCUCCCUGUCCUCCAUGUGCCCACAUCCCUCAGCAGCCUGACCUUGCCCCGAUUCACUCUGCCAACAAUCCAGCAGAGCAUUACCAUGCCUGCAAUGGGCAACCUGACCUAUGAUUUCUCCUUCAAGUCAGCUAUGAUCACCCUGAGCUCCAGUGCUGGCCUGUACAACCAGGAUGACCUUGUAGCUAAGUUUGCAGUGUCCUCGGCCUCUGUGUUUGACAUUCUCAAAGGAAAACUCGAUGGCACUUCCACCCUAACUAGAAAAAGAAAUCUGAAACUGGUUACCACCAUGUCCUUGGAGCACAUGAAUGCUGAGGGCACCCACGACAGCACCAUCGCCCUCAACAGGAAGGGCAUGGAAGCGUCAGUAACAACCGUUGGCAAGGUCAGCCUGCCCACUUCAAACCUCGAGUUCAAUCAGAAAUUCACUGGAAAUACUAAGGAUGGCUUCACUGCCACAGUCUUCUCUCCAUCCACCGGAUCACUUGGGUUUCAGCUGCAGAGGAAGGCACUGUCACAGGUGUCUGGAAGACUGUUCAGUCGAUAUUUGUCUGCACCUGAGAACGAUGUGGACAUACUCACCAUAAAAGUGUCUCUGAAAGAUCCUGAGAAGCUGAACUUACAGGCCUCUUGGAACAUGGAGGCUCCCUAUGAGAUGCUUUUAGGGUUGAAAGAGAAGGUUCCUGAGAUCACGUCUGUGCUAUCGCUGAAGGACACCUUCUCAAACACUAUUGAGAAAGUGUACAGUGAAAUCCCCAAGUCUGUCGACGCUUUGCAGAGUGGCAUUGAGCAGAUCAAGAACCAGGGCAAGGUGAUGUACAAGAGGGCUGCAAAAAAUAUUGCAGACAUAAACCUGCAGGAAAUGAGUAGAAAAUUAUCUACCAAUGUCAGGUACCUCCUUACAGAGUACCAGAAUAACAUUCAAGCUCUGCUGGAUGCAGUAAUCACGUUCCUGAGGGAGACUGAAUUCCUGCUGCCAGGGUUCAAGGAGAAGCUCACAGGAAUGGAGAUCUACCAGAGAAUCACCCUGUUUGUAAUGGGGUUAAUUGAAAAUGCUGUGCAGAAUGUCCCAGAGUUACUGGCCUCCCACACUUACGACUUCCUUGACUACGUGAGAAAUAUCGAGAUCACACUGCCAGGUUCCAACCAUGUCAUUAGUGGGAGGGCCAUCCUUGAUGACCUGACUUCCAACAUGAAGAAGAUCCAGACAGAGUUCAUUUCAGUGGUAAGGAACCUGCAGGCUGUAAGACUAGAUGAGGUGCUGGAGAGACUGAGGGACCUUCUACUGUCUGUUGUGGACAAAGCCGACCAGCUCAUCACCUCCCUGACAUCACUGAAUCUAGACAAACUCUCUGCCUGGGCUGAUUCCAUCUAUUAUGAUGCUGUGAACUCCAAAGCUGUGCGUGACAUAUCGGCACGAAUCAUGGAGGCUGCAGGAGCUUCUGGAGUAUACCUAGAGGAAGCCACAGCAAAAAUCCAAGAGGUCUACUCCCAGAUGACCCUGGAGAAUCUGAACACCAUCCUUAAAUCCUGGAUUGAUGCAAUUGUUAAACACCUAAACUCAUUUCACAACGAUGUCAUCGAGUUUCUGAAACAAAUUUCCCAAAAUAUGCAGCCCUAUGUGAGAGUGAGUGAUAAAAAAAUGGACAUUGAUAUUCCUUUUCCAUUUCUUUGGAAAUCCUCUGAUAACAUUCCCACACAGAAUGGACAAUGAGCAUUUUUAAACACUACCAUCUGAGUGGAGAAGGUUGCUCAUCAAAAUAGUCACCUGCUAAGACACAAAAAAUAAACACUUGUUCUUUACUUGUAACAAAUUAAAGCAUGUAUUUAAUGCAGUUAUACACAUGUGCUUCAAGUUAAAGCUACUGUUUUUUCUUUGUUGUAUGAAUUCCUAAUUUAGUUUAUUACCCAGUUUUAAAAAAUAGCAAUUCUUUGAGUCUUUGUUCCCUUUAAUUCUUUUCUAUUGAAUAUCCAAUGAAUGAAGGGUCUCAAUAAAGACAAUUUGCACUGCA